ACCAUGGAGAGAGGGAGAGAGAGAGAGAUAUGUCGUCGUUUGAUACAUUCAGCAACGACGGCGACGAGGUGAUGAGGAGCUCGACUCGCCCUUUCGACGACGACGGAUACAUAGGCUACGACCCUCGCUUGCCGUCCCAGCGUUACGAAUCUUACUCAAAUUUUGCCGCAGAGGAAGAAGGCAAGGUGGAAGACGUAAUCGACGAACCUCCACCUUCGUCUGGUUUUCAUGACACUUACCCCGCCGAAGAUGAGGUUGCAGUUCAUCAUGUCUCCCAUUCCUUCGACGGCAUCCCACCUUCUCCUGAAAUCUAUGGCUUCGAUGUUCCAAACCCCGAUUAUUCGUCUUCUCCCUUCUCUGGAAUGCCCCAAUCGAAUGGGAAUGGAAAGCCUUACGACAUUGGUGCCGACGACGAUGGUUUAUUCACAUCCGACGGGCCGAUGCUUCCCCCUCCGGAAGAAAUGCAGGAGGAAGGAGCUGCUCUUCGUGAAUGGCGCCGUCAAAAUGCCAUUCAUCUCGAGGAGAAGGAGAAGAGGGAGAAGGAGAUGCGGACCCAGAUUAUUGUGGAAGCUGAAGAAUAUAAACAGGCUUUCUAUGAGAAAAGGAUACUCAACUGUGAGACCAACAAAGCUAAUAAUAGAGAAAGAGAAAAGCUUUACUUGGCAAAUCAAGAGAAGUUCCACAAAGAUGCGGACAAGCAAUACUGGAAAGCAAUAGCAGAGCUCAUCCCUCACGAGGUCGCCAAUAUUGAGAAGAGGAGAGGAAAGAAAGACCAAGAAAAGAAACCAUCAAUUGUGGUAAUCCAAGGUCCAAAGCCUGGGAAGCCUACUGAUCUUUCAAGGAUGCGGCAGAUACUCCUGAAGCUGAAGCACACCCCUCCACCUCACAUGAUACCUCCCCCACCUGCACCUGCGAAGGAUGGUAAGGAAGCCAAGGAUGGCAAGGAAGCCAAGGAUGGGAAAGGAGCCAAGGAUGGGAAGGAUGUCAAAGGUGGAAAAGGUGCUUCACCAACUGCAGUGGAAGCUGCAGCCGGAGACACACCUGCUGCUAAAGACAUUGCCGUUAAUGGUGCCCCGGUCUCAUCCAUUCAGGAAGCUCCUGCUGUAAUUGAGGACCAGCCUGCUACAGAGCCCGAGCCAGCCGUCCAUGCAUGAUUGUGAUGGCAUAAGAUGGAAUUUUCUGCCCCUUUCCCUUUGAAGUACGGCAACCGACAGGCUUUACCAGUGUACCACACUGGUACCUUCUUUUUGGAAGGGUUUCUCGUGAUUGAACAAUGCAUUUAUAAUCAGAUUGUCAAUGUUAACAAUGACUAAUUCAUUUUUUGGUGAGACUGACAGUUUGGAAUGGAAACUCAAGAGUUUGGGUAACA